GUUCCAUUCAUUCGUCCGCUGCCGACCAAAAUGGCCACUUAUUUAUACUUGCUGGCCAUCUUUCUGCCAUCGAUAUUAGGGCAGUGUACGGUAGAAAAGGCCGGUCCUAGUUUCAGCCGCGCGGUUUACGAGUUUUCUCUGGAUUUAAUACAAAGAGUGGGGCAAGAAAACGACAACCACUUCGUGACGUCACCAUUCUCGCUAUGGACUGUUCUAACAACAGCAUCUUUAGGAGCAGACGACGAGACCCUUGCAGAAAUGAAACGAGUACUCCAUCUUCACCAUUACCCGUGCUUCAACGACAGGUACUUAGAAAUCGUGAAAGGGAUCACAGUGUCCAACUCCAAGACCACACUGGAGAGAAGUUCUGCUCUCUUCGUUGACAAGACUGUUUCUCUUCUCGAAUCUUUCCAUAGAAAACUGUCCGGAACCGGCGUGUGCGACGUCAUGAUCUUGCCUUUCGAUAACUACAACCACGUAGCUGCGACUAUAAAUAAUUACGUGAGCCAAGCGACCCACAACACUAUUCAAGAAAUCGUGAGCUCAAAUGAUAUCGAAGGAGUCUAUCUGCUUCUGCUUGACGCUGUGUACUUUAAAGGAAUGUGGAAUAUUCCCUUUGAGCCCUCAGAAACUGAGAUCACCUCUUUCUACGACGAGAAAAACAACCCCGCUGGAGAUGUAAACAUGAUGUUCUCCAUGAUGCAAUAUAAUUUAGCAUCCAUUGAUCAGCUACAAGCGAAAGUCUUAGAACUGCCAUAUGGAGAUGGAGACCGUUUUUCUAUGCUCAUAUUCCUUCCCUACCAGUCAAGUUCUGUAGCUAAAGUCACAGAUCAGCUAAAGAGAGUGACUUUAAAGUCCAUAUUUUACAUUUUCCAGCGUAAUGGACGCGACACAGUUCAAGUUCAGAUCCCGAGAUUCAAGAUAACUUCCCAACUGGACAACCUGAAGGAACUUUUAAUGGACAUGGGUUUGAAGUUGAUGUUCGACAGCAGUGCUCAGUUCCCGCAUAUAUCCGACUACAGUUUCUACAUAUCGAAUGUGGUGCAGAAGGCUGAUGUGGAGGUGACAGAGGAAGGGACGGUGGCGGCGGCGGCGUCGGCGGCGGAGUUUGAGGCAAGACGGUUACCUGACUCCUUCCAAGCUAACAGGCCAUUCGUGUUCAUGAUUGUGGAUAAGUUAAACUAUAUUCCGCUGUUCACUGGAGCGUAUUCAAAGCCGUCCCUUGUACUUGCGGAACUUCCAGAAACUUACACAUUGUCAGAGGAAGAAAAGAGCUAUUUAUCUAAACAUGGCUUCCUUGUGAUAAAGGGACUAAUUGAUUUCACUACAUUGUACAGUUGCAAACAGCAGUUCUCGAAGAUCUGCAAAGGGCUGCAAGAUCCCGGCAACAUCAUGGUGGUGAAGGAACCCUCGCUGGUCAACACCGGAGCCAAGGGUGAGGACCUCAUCAACAAGCUGCAAGAAAUCCACCACGACGAAGUGUUCAUCAACUACACGGAGCACCCGCGUCUCCUCCAUGUCGUCUCACAGCUGAUCGGAGCUGACAUGUCGGUGAUGCACAGCAUGCUUAUCAACAAACCACCGGGCACGUCGCGCCACCCGCCGCACCAGGACCUGUUCUACUUCCCAUUCCGUCCUGUAGAGUGGAUCAUGGCGGCCUGGACGGCUAUAGAUGACGUCAAUGUCGAGAACGGCUGUCUGUACGUAAUACCCGGCUCACACUUGAAGAACAAGCUACAUGACCACGGGACUGUGCCGAACUCCAACCGUCUGUACCACGGUAUCUUGGAUGAGGCAGGCACUGCUCCAGAACAGAAGCGGGUCUAUUUAGAAAUGAGUCCCGGCGACACGGUGUUCUUCCAUCCUCUACUAGUUCACGGCUCAGGGCCAAAUGUUUCUAAGAGGUACCGCAAAGCGAUCACAGCUCACUACGCUAACAGCGGUUGUCAUUUCCAUGACGAGAAAGGAGAAUUGGCGAAACAGGUUGAAGCUGAGGCUAAGAAGAAGGGAUACACGCUCUCUUACACGGACGUGUGGAAAUUUAAAAGCAAGCAAAUAACUAUUAAGAGUCGUCUGUAAGAAACUUGCAGUUUAUUACAGGAGAGGGUUCUACCAUAGAGUAACUUAUACUAGAGCGGUACUGUCAUAGUAAAUUUUGUAACCCCAGUAAAUUCACU